UCAGACAGAAUUGCAAAGCUAGAAUCCCCCAAGGGAAUGGCUUAGUGCAGAAGCAGAAGCAUCAUGCCCGGGUGUUCAGACGGAGGAAAGAAGCAGAGCUACCAGGAAGGACUGUACUGGGGAAGUGAAAGUUAGCUCCUACAGAAGGACGUUUCAACGAGUCAGAAGGCUCAGGGGACUUGUUGCUUGCUAGGACUGAUAUGAACUAGGUGAGUGUGUAUCUAGUGCCUCCCAGAGUUGGGAGGUGUGUAUUAGGAGCAGCACAUGUGGUUGGCUGGCCUGUGGAUAUAUAUUACAGUACAGUCCCGGCUACUUCAUAGGCAGUCGGUGGGAGCCAGCAAAGACCACCCACAUUGGCCACAGCAGAAGAGGCUUCUAGUUGUCAUAUGAACCAUAGACUCCUGACUAUCUACUCUUAGGACCAAUAAUAGGCUGCUGCAAAUACUAACGCUAUUCUGGGGAGACAGCCUCAGUUUUAUCCCUGAGAAACCAACAGGACCUUCAGCUCUUCCAAUUGUAGUCCGCAACCACCCACCUGUCCAGGCUUGAAGCUACAGGUUAACUCACACAUUAGAUAAAAUGUGGCUUCUGGAGAGGAUUCGAGGCACAGUAGACCACAGCAGUACUCGACAAACAGGAGAAGCUGGUGACAAACAGUCUAAAAGUGGAUCUUACAGCAAUGUCCUGACCCCAGACAAAAUUCCAGAUUUUUUCAUUCCCCCAAAACUGAUGCCAACUGAAGGGGGUGGAGCUGAAGGUGAAGGAGUAGCAGCAAAACCUAAUAUUGGAACCUCUGCUUCUGAGCAAAAUUUGUCCGGCCGACGACCACAGCGCAGCCCUCGUUUACCAACUAAAGCUACUUCAGAGAGCCGAAACCUUGUGAAGGCUGCAAACCGUCAUAUCAUUCAGAUUGAAAGUGCUGAUGAGUGGGCAUCAGAGGAAGAUUUGGGUACUAAUGCAGAUCCACAGUCUCAAAAUGCCAUGUCUCUUUCAUAUGUACCUAAAGCUCAGACAUCCUAUGGGUUUGUAACUCUUAUGGAGAGUCCACAUACAAGGCGGAAAGAAUCUCUUUUUCAUAGUGAGCAGGGCUCUCUUUCUCCAUGUCCAUCACAGUCGAGUUCCCCCAGUUCUCAAAGACGAAGUGCAACAGAGGGGGGAGGGGGAUCCCAGUUGAAUCCAUCAGACUUUGGAAUGUCCUUGAUGAAUCCCUACCGAUAUUUCAGUGGAGGUGAAAGUGACACUUGCUCCUCUGCAGAGUCCUCACCAUUUGGCUCACCACUACUUUCCCGUUCUGUUUCCCUACUAAAGAUAUUUACCCCAGACACACAGUCAAAACUUAUGAAGCUCAAGCACUCUGUUGCUAGAAACAGUUCACUAUCCACAGAUGAAUGCAGUUCAGCAGACACCAGUCCUAGCAUGCCAAGAAGAAGGGUACGAGGGGCCAAGGGUGCUGGUAUUUCUGGUCAGCAGGGCACCAUGGCCUUGGACCUUCUACAGAAGGAACACAAUGUAGGCCUUAGUAAAGGAGGCAGUAUGAGGCUGUCAGCAGAAUAUGACCCUUCCAAUGCUCGGCUUAGAGUGCGGUUAAUUGCUGCAGAACAUCUGUUUGAUAAACUCUGUGACCUAAAGGGUGUAAACUGCUGUGUGGUCCUGUAUCUGAACCCUGGUAAAGUUCACCGUCAGAGAAGCACCAUUAUUAAGAACAGCCGAAACCCAGUCUUUAAUGAGGACUUCUUCUUUGAUGGAUUGGUGGCUGGAAGUGCCAAAAAGAUGUCUCUUAAACUAAAAGUACUGAACAAGGGGAGCAGUCUUAAAAGAGACACACUGCUUGGAGAGAAAGAGAUUGCAUUAACAGCCUUGCUGCCGUUUCUCUGAGACAAAAUCAGCUGUGAUAGAGUGCAUGUUGUGGGAGAGUGAGAUGACUGUGCUCUGUACUGGAGAAUGGCCUUAAUUGUAGGAGAUGCGAUUUUCAGAGCAAAAUAUAAUAUCCUGUAAUGAAUUGGGCACACCACUAGAAAGUAUGGCACUCUAGCUAGAUCAAACUGCAGAGCUUCAUACUUCCAUGGCUACAAACAUAGGCACAACUAUAGUAAAAAUAAAUUCCAGGGCGCUGAGCUUCCAGUGUACAGCUGAAAAGUAAAGCAUUCUACACAUGUAGUGCUGAGCAGUACAUCAUUGCUAGUCAAGCUUUAUGCAUCUUUCUUAACAAAAGUGGUGAAGAACCAAUUCCAAACAAGCCUACAAAAGCAGACAGAUCUGUACAGAAUCAAUAACACUGACGUUUUUGAUUCACGAGAAUAAAUAGAUUUGCUUGGACUUGCGAAAAUACCCUCAAAGGGGACAGAUGCGCAUAAUGAUGCUGGAUCAGGCCUGAUGAAAUCUAAACAAUAAUACUUACCAUAAAUAAAAUAAUAAGACAUGCAUCUUGCACGACAUAGCUCACAUAGAUGUUGCAUGUUUGCAUUAAAAUUUCACUCAGGCACUGUUUAUAUUUCAUGUUUGCCUGAAUUGAAAGGCUGACCUGACAAUUUUAUGAUUAUUUAUCAUCAUUACAGUAGAAAAAGAAAUAUCAGAGGCUUCAAGGCAACAAUCACCAGCUUGAGCCUGUUAGUUAAUUGCAAUCAUGCUGCAUCCUUUUCAAGCAGCUCUCUGUUUCCUGUGCAACAGUUCUUACUUCCUGUCUAGAGACUAGAUUCUUUAUGUGCUAAAACAAGCAAUUACAGGAAAAUAUUGUAUUAUUGGAUAUUGAUCCUCUGAUACAAAUGAUAGAUGCUUCCAGAAUUCUCCACCUUUUUCACACUGAUGUACUUGUCUUCACCUGGAUGAGCAGAAGGCACAGUAGUCUUCACUUCCUCCACGUGACUGACCCCAUUGCGUCAUACAUUCAAUGCUUUAGUUCAGAAACUCGUAGUAUCUGCCACUCCUGCACAGUCUGUGGUUAAUCUACCUUCUGUAACUCAAUGCUUGUACAUAAUAUUUUUCAACUUGAAAUUUAAGAAAAGCUAUGUAUUUAUAAUGUUGAUGCUCAGUACACAGACAGCAUAAUUACAAGGUCAAACAUUCCAUAACAGGACCUUUGCUGAAGACAUUAGGAAAGUCCACAGCACUUCACUCAUAUCUAACUGGUAUUUUUUCCUGUUUGUUCACAGGUUAGUCAAUGCUACAAUUUCUGUUUUUGACAUGUUUAAGUGGCAGAUGCUUGUGCAGUGAGUAAUGCUUCAGUGUAGAGAGCAGCAUAUAUUUGCUUAUGUGUUACCUUUGUUUUUUAAGGAGGGCAUUUUGGCCUUGAGAAGACAUGACUUUGCCUUAUGCUUUAGACAUUAAUCGCUAUACAAUUUCUUAUAUGUAGCUUUCUCUAUAACAGCAACCCUGUUUAAAGAGGACCUGCUACCAUAGCACUUCAGACAUUCUGUAUACAGGGAAAACAAAUGCCUGGUCUGACUUCUGUUUUACUAAUAUUUAAAAUGACUGCUGUAACUUUGUACUUCCAGCAAGGAAGUUGUAAUCCAUGCAGGAAAAAGUGUUAUUACAACUCCUUCCACCCAAGUAGAGUUUUGCUAUGCGAAACACAUUGCCUUACUGACAUGGUUAAUGACUAGAUUAGUCUCUCAAUUAGCACUUAACAAAUACACCUACUCUAAGCUUAUUUGUUAAGUUACUUAAUGAUUCAAUAAGGGUUUCUUGAAUCCUUAUUGAAUAUAUUGCAAACACUGUAGUUUUUCAGGUGAAGGGGGGCAUGAAAGUUUUUAUUGAAUUCUUGAUAAUGCCUUAAAGCUAUUUCAUAUUUCUAGUAGAAAUCCAGUACUUAUGGGCACAAGCCAGGCCUUAUAAAAGCUGUUACAGAUACAGAAAAACUCCAGUAUAUGUGUACAUAGUUGAUUAUAGGGCAUAAAUCCUCAAGCUGCAUCACUUAUCUCAUGCCAAAAGUGGCAUAUCAAGCAGUAUUAAUACAUUUGACGAUGCUGGAUUUAUUUAAGAAUGAAAACUUUUGGGUGUUAAAAAUAUAAAUCCAUCAAUUUUCUAUAGUUUUAAAUAAAAUGUUGUCAGGGUAACCUGGUUGUUCCAAAUAGGGAGAUUCUUUCUCAGUUGCUGUCUUGGUGUUCCCUUUCCUGGUGUCAGGAAAUCACAAAGGCAAUAAGGGAGAGGAGAUCUCAACUAUGGGGAACAAGACAGAAACAAAAACACUUUUAUAGUGUACUUGUGACAGAUUUAUUGAAGCCUGUGUCCCAAAUGAGAUUUAUCAUUAUUUCCUGUUUCAGUGACAAGGUGUUAUAUUGAAAAUCAGUAGUUUUUUUUUUUAGUACAGGCACAGACACAACCAAAGCAAUUUUUGACAGGGCAGGAAAGAACUACAUAUUUUUUUAGUUCUUUAAGCAUCAUUGGGACAAAAGAUGAGGGAAAAACUCCCAGUGGGGACACAAUUCCGACAGAAGUUUCAACCCCUCUUUAUUUCUAAAGUUAAAAAGAGAGACCAAUCACGGAGCACAGGAACUCCCUUGCUUGCUCUCCAACCUCCAUGAAUGAUUAAAGAUAAAUUAGCCUAACUAAUAAAAGUUAAAGUUUGUUUAUUUGCUAUUGUAAAAAACAAUAUUUAUUACAGAUUAUUGUGUCCUUUGUACUGUCAGCACCAUGGGCAGCACAGAUUGCAAUACGGGCUGCUAUAUAUGUUAAGCAGUGUUUACUCAAAAUAAAUGGUAACUUAAUGAUGAAUUCCAGGAAUGAAUAUUUCAUACCUAUGUGACUGCUGCAGUAGUAGUUACCACUAUAUCGGUGAUCACCACUGUCAUUUGAGUCCUGUUCCAAGCGGCUGCCUGGCUGCAUAGAAACUAGAGGUGGUCACUCCCUCAGUACGGGCGUCAAUUACAGAACACCUUGCAUUUUUCUCAGUGAAUGCAAAAUGUUUCUGAUUGGACGAGGUUGAGAUUUUUUAGGCCUCUUUAAGGAGGAGAACACCUUGCAUUCAAUGAGAAAGAUGCAAGGUGUGCUGUGAAUGAUGCCUGUGCCAAGUGAGUGACCCCCUGUGGUUUGUGUGCAGCAGGGCACCCGCUUGGCGAGGGAUUCUUCCAUAGCAAUCUCACAGGGUUGGCAUAUGUAUACUUACAUCCAUCCAAGCUUAACCAAUGUAACUAUGCAAUAAAACCAUACCUGGAAUUCAGCUUUAAUUAUUUGAUUUUGCAUGUGAAUUAUAAUUUGCAUGGAAAUGAUGAAUCUUUAAUCAAGACGUGCACCUGUACAAAACAGCAUUAUUUUCCGCAUGGAAUAUUUCACUUUCACAGAUUUUUAGUAAAUUAAGCCCAAUGUGAUAUGUAGCCUUUUCAACUGCUCGGGAUGUUUGUGUUUUAUAUAAACCAGCAGCUGCUCAGCCAUGUCAUUCAGCACAAUGUAUACAGCAUAGCACAUUUGUUAUGCAACUUUUAAAGAUUGCUCUCUAACUUUACUUCUAUUGUCACAUGUCACAGAGCAGAGUACUGUGAUAAAGUCUGUGAAAUUUUCUGUAACUCAAGGUGAUUUUCCAUUGCUGGUGGAUUAAGACAGUAGCAGCUACAAAGGAAAGGAGCACUUUCAAAGCCUUUGUUGUCCCUAGGGAAUGGCCUGUUCUGUCCAAAGCAAAGCUGUAAUGUGUACUUAUUGUAAAGCAAGCACAGGAAGCUAAAACC